UCUCUCUCUCUCUCUCUCUCUCUUCGAUUCUAUUUCAGUUCUCGCUCUUGUGUACACGCUUGAAGAAACUGAACACAGAACCCAUGUCUGGAUUAUACAACAACAACUCCUCCUACUUCUCUUCUCCAGCAAGAGCUGCUUCUCCUCAGAUUAGAAGCACUCCUGAGAUCGACAGCUCUCAGUACUUGACAGAGCUUCUUGCUGAACAUCAAAAGCUUACUCCUUUUACUCAAGUUUUGCCUAUAUGCAGCCGCCUCCUGAAUCAAGAGAUGUUCAGAGUGUCUGGAAUGAUGUCUAGCCAAGGAUUUGGCGAUUUUGAUAGACUCAGACACAGAAGUCCAAGUCCUAUGGCUUCUUCUAAUCUUAUCUCUAACGUUUCUAACACCGGUUUAGGUGGUGGCUGGAACGGCCUUCCUCAGGAGAGACUCAGUGGAACACCUGGAAUGACAAUGGAUUGGCAAGGUGCACCAGGCAGCCCCAGCUCAUACACCGUCAAAAGGAUAUUGCGUCUGGAGAUUCCAGUGGAUAGCUAUCCUAAUUUCAAUUUUGUUGGUCGACUUCUCGGUCCUAGAGGCAACUCGUUAAAGCGCGUUGAAGCUACUACAGGAUGCCGUGUGUUUAUCAGAGGGAAAGGCUCAAUCAAGGAUCCGGAAAAGGAAGAUAAGUUAAGGGGAAGACCAGGAUAUGAACACUUGAAUGAGCAGCUUCACAUCUUAAUAGAAGCAGACCUUCCAGGCAGUAUAGUGGACAUACGUCUGCGACAAGCUCAAGAGAUUAUAGAAGAGUUACUAAAGCCUGUGGACGAGUCGCAAGAUUUCAUAAAGAGACAGCAGCUGAGAGAACUAGCGUUGAUAAACUCAAGCAACCUGAGGGAAGAGAGUCCAGGACCAAGUGGCGGUGGAAGCGUUUCACCUUUUAACUCAAGUGGUAAACGCCCCAAAACAGGAUGCUAAAGGAGCGUUUUUGUUGGUCUCACAAAUGGUUUCUUCUUCAACCAAAAAGUACAUUGUCUGCAUACACAAACACACAUGUGUUGUAUUUGGUUUGGCCUAGUAGUGACUGCAAUGGUGGUGGUCAUUGGUUCAAGUCAAGGCCCUCCCUCUGGUCUCUCUCCGGUGAGCGACCAUGUGGCUUUCCUUCCUUUAUUUUAUUUAUUUAAUUUUUUGUAUUAUUCGUCUUUAUCAGACGACAUCAUAGAUUCAUUACCGAUUAUUUAGAAAAAGUUGAG